AUGAAGCACCUGUCCAGGCGGUGCUUUGUCAUUUACAGGUAUCCAGGUAAGCCGCCAACUGAGAUUGCAGAGGAGGACAACUUGCCUAAGAUUUUGCUGUGUUGCUCAAACAAUGGCCACUAUGACAUUGUUUACCCCAGGAACUAUCCAGUGGAUGCUGCAAUAUGUCAGGCACUUUUGUAUGAACUGUUGUACACUCGUGUGCUGGGAGUUGAGGAAGAAGAGCUGCAGAUGGCGCUGGAGGGAUUCAAAGGAGGAGGACGACGAUACCGAAACAGCCAGUCUAUGUGCAGUGAGGACGCAGGAUACGAUACCCCAGAAGACCGCCUUCAGAGGUCUUCUCUUGUUUCCCGUUUUUGUUGUCGUCUCUGUCUUCCUUAA